AUGAUUUCCGAAUCUCCGAGAUCUUCACGAGAGGAUGAUUCGUUCCAGCGGAGAAAAAGGGCCAAAUACACUCAAGUUGCUUGCAAUGAAUGCAAACGACGCAAACUAAAAUGCAGUGGUGGUUUGGUCUGUGUGAGAUGUUCUCGUGAUCAGGUUCCUUGUGUAUACGCCACCAAUCGUCCUUCCGUAUCGACCCUAGAGACCGAUCCUAAGGAUGAAAGGUGGGGUUCCGAAGUCUUUUAG